AGGAACAAACAGUAAAUAUGGGGGAUGGCGACGGCAUUACAGGCGAAAAUUGAGAGUCUGGGAGUAAAAUUACGAGAGGAGAACAAAUCAAGAGAAUGCGAACUGUUAGGAAAAGGAAAUGAUAAGUCCACCUGCCCGAAAAAGCCUCUUCUUCCUCUAGAUCUUACGACGAGUACCCGUCAAGACAGACCAGUGAAUUUAUCAGUACCAUCUCAGCAAAGACUGGGACGGCAUCGUCAGUUGCCAGGAAACGCUAGAAGCUGUUGUAGAGAGGACGACAGUCAAAUUGAGGCAAAGCUUCAAGAAAUAACUAAACAGACUGGGAUUCUAAAGUUAAAAGAUAAAAGUGUGCAUUUCACCAUCCAUGAUUUGGAGGUUGUUGAAGAAAUUGGUAGUGGGACAUGUGGUCAAGUAUGCAAGAUGAGGCACAAGAAUACUGGAGAUGUGUUGGCAGUUAAGAAAAUGCGCAGGAGUCAAAACAAAGAAGAACAGAAGAGAAUAAUUAUGGAUCUUGAAGUUGUGAUGAAGUGUCAUGGCUGCCCCUUUAUUGUCAACUGUCUGGGAUCGUUUAUUUCCAAGUCUGAUGUUUUCAUUUGUAUGGAGUUAAUGACAACAUGUCUGGAUAAAUUGAUGAAAAAACUCCAGUUUCCAAUUCCAGAAGAUGUGCUGGGGAAAAUAUCUGUUUCUAUUGUCAAGGCUUUGAAUUAUUUAAAGGAGACCCAUGGAGUUAUGCACAGAGAUGUCAAACCAUCCAAUGUUUUACUGGACCAGAAUGGUUCCGUGAAACUUUGUGAUUUUGGUAUCAGUGGUCGUUUGGUCGAUUCAAAAGCAAAGACAAGAAGUGCAGGAUGUGCGGCCUACAUGGCACCGGAGCGCAUUGACCCGCCAGACCCUAUGAACCCCGAUUAUGACGUCAGAGCAGAUGUGUGGAGCUUGGGAAUAAGUUUGGUUGAGCUGGCUACUGGAGAGUUUCCAUACAGAAAUUGUACCACAGAGUUUGAAGUUCUGUCUCGUGUGAUGAGUGAAGAUCCUCCUUUACUUCCCAGACAAGGAUUUACUGCUAACUUUUACUCUUUUGUCAAGACAUGUUUGAUAAAGGACUACAGAUAUCGACCCAAGUAUAACGCGUUGCUGAAACACCCAUUUAUUCUUGGAUAUGAACAAAAAGAAGUCAACUUGGCGGGAUGGCUGGCUGCUGUUGUCGAAGAUUCGAAUUUUCGUGGCACAGAAGUGUAGAGCACGAUGUUAGGUCAAUAGCCUAACAAGAACACUAUAUUUUAGGUAAAUGUGUACGUCUUGUAGGGCCUAAAGUCCUACGAUAAAAGUCACCAUACAAAGUCUGGUGACAAAAAUUGUAUUAAAGGAUUCCGUUAAACACCUGCUAUCUAGCCCCUUUGAAGCUCGUUCGAACGUUGAACCGAUUGUUUUCUCGGGUGGAAGUAGUCAGCGUGGCCUGCACCUGAUUCAAUUGUAAGGUACUCAUCGAGUUUGGGCCGAGCGACAGCUCUAUAAGCAAUGAUUAAAGAACUGGUGAUGCUUUUUCUCGUCUUCGUUUGUUUGUCUUUACUAAUUGUUAUCUGUCAAUAAACUUAACGGUGGCUUAGCUUAGAACAUGAGAUCCAAUCAGUAGGCAACAAUCCUGUCAACCGCACUUUUGCCAAACUAAGCAUUAAAGGGUAAUCUCGUGGUGUUACGGAUCACCAAAUAACAUAAUGCAAGAUCUUGAGAAGAAACAUCACAUUAGCCUGGCACAACAUAAUACAAGUACCUUAAGUUUCAGAAUUUCAGAAUGUCUUUCACCGUAAUGUUAUCUUGCCGCAAGAUGUCAUUGAUGCACAUCAUAAAGAGACUGCAUGCGAAAUGUAAAUUUAACAUAAGCAUUGAUUGUUACAAGUUCGUAAAAGGCGUACCAUUCGGGUCCACUCGGCUCAUGACUUUUAAAAAUUACGUGUACUUAGUAUUUGAUGAAAUGUGCGUCUCACAAUUUGAUCUGUUUUCUUGAUGUUAUUUAUUUUGAGUAGUGUUGUUCGAAAUAAACAAUCAUUUGUAUUACUUAA